AUGUGGAUUUCCCAGAACCCUCUUCACAGGUUGAAGAUCACUGGUCAUCUUCUCCAAGCAAUCCUUACCUUUAUCACGGGAUNNUGUUUCCUUACAAUGCCUGCUUUAAUGUAUCAAGUCAGUCAUCGAGAGCCACCGAAUAUCAAAGCACUCCUAACAGUCUGUAGUNGCAUAGUACCUUGCUGGACGAGGCUAUGGCGUCUCGCCAACCCUUACAUCUUCUUCGCGAUCGACUCAGUGUUCACUAUUUUCUGGAUCUCAGCAUUCGCUUCGAUGUGUGCCUGGACAGCCAAGGGAAUACAGAAAGGUGCUGCUGAGAAGAAGUUGAAGGCGAGCGACGCAUCUUGCUCAACCUUUGCUUUUGGGUCGACAUCAGCAUGCAAUCUUGCAAAAGCCACGACGGGUCUCGNNGGUAGCCUUGUGGUCAGUACAUUCUUGAACGUCCUCCAACGCUUGGCUAAUGUAUACAGCAUUCUCUUCCUGGCCGCAGCAGUCAUCUCUGGCAUUGAUGCCUAUAAGUUCUGGAAGUCAGGGAAUGUACGCACUCAGCCGGACGUCUAUGGUCAGACUCCUUCCCGUGCUUCUUCACCAGAGGGCAAAGACGAGUGGUCGCUUAGUACAGACGAUUUGCAUGGCGCGAAGAGUACGUAUGCUUCCGAUGCGUAUCAUGGCUGGGCCCAAGACCACGAACCUGCGUUCUCGGAGUCAGAUACUAUGGAGGGGCGUCAUCCUGGCCGCCACGUGAGGUAUGACAGCACGAAGUCGAUACCCUAUGAGAGGGAUCUCACACCUAGUGCCAUGAGUCCGACAGCAGAGUUGCGCUAUACAGGAAUCUUUCCUUCAGCGACAGCAAACUACAGCUUUUCGAGAGAAUGA